AGACUCUGGGAGGGCUCACGCCGCCAAGGAGUACUUCCCAGAACUUCGGCUGCCAGCGUCACCAUCCCCACAGUGAAACAGAGCCACCCCCUGCCUCUGCAGGAGACCCUCCAACACUAGCAGGAUUGGCCACAAAGAAACCUGUAAGUAAUGGAAGGAAACACUCUGCUGGUAAAGAAUGUUAUGGUCCUGAACCUCUACCACCUGGUGUGUCUGGUUUUCUGCCGUGGCGUACUGCAGAACGUGCAAAAAGCAACAGGGCUUUCCAUUCAUCAAAGCUCGUGAUGUAUGUAAUCAGGUGCAGGUCCAUCAGAAUUUCCUGUGACUGUGACGGUAGAGAGUCCUUCCUCCUCAGAAAUCGAAGAGGUCGAAGAUUCCUCAGAAAGUGUUCAGGAAGAGCCAGAGAAAAUCAGUUUGAAACAAGAAGCAUUGCAGGCCUUCAUGCCCACUCAUUGACAAGCAUGAUCCUGGAUGAGGAAGGUGUUUUGGGCAGCACUGAGAAUUCUUUUCAGAAGUUCCAUGCUUUCUUGGAUCUCCUUAAAGAUGCUGGUUUCAGAAAAUUACAGGUGAUGCUGGGCUUCCUUUGCCUCUCGACUCCUUCCAUGUCCCAGUCUCUACUCAGGAGGCCUUAGAAACUUCCAAAGACAACCUGGGGGUCCCAGUCACAGAGCAGCAGCAGGAGUCUUUUGAAGAUUUCAUUGCUAGAACAUGUUCUCCCUUCAGCAGACGUCAUUUCUGGAACUGGAAGUCAAAGAAAAGAAGAGGAAUUAUCUAGAAAUAGCAGGUCUUCUUCAGAGAAA